GGCCACCAAAAAAAAGGGCCACCGAGCCGGUGCGCGCGCAGGCCAGGCCACAGCCCCAGCGUCGGAGCUCCGGUCACCGUCCGCGGCCAUGGGGGCGCCCGCGCGGCUGCUGCGCGCGGUGAUCAUGGGGGCCCCCGGCUCGGGCAAGGGCACCGUGUCGUCGCGCAUCACCAAACACUUCGAGCUGAAGCACCUCUCCAGCGGGGACCUGCUCCGCCAGAAUAUGCUGCAGGGCACAGAAAUUGGUGUGUUGGCCAAGACUUUCAUUGACCAAGGGAAGCUCAUCCCAGAUGAUGUCAUGACUCGGCUGGCCCUUCAUGAGCUGAAAAAUCUCACCCAGUGUAGCUGGCUGUUGGAUGGUUUCCCAAGGACACUUCCACAGGCAGAAGCCCUGGAUAGGACUUACCAAAUAGACACAGUGAUAAACCUAAAUGUGCCCUUUGAAGUCAUUAAACAACGCCUCACAGCUCGUUGGAUUCAUCCUGCCAGUGGCCGAGUGUACAACAUUGAAUUCAACCCUCCCAAAACUGUGGGCAUUGAUGACUUGACAGGAGAGCCUCUGAUUCAGCGUGAGGAUGACAAACCAGAAACAGUGAUCAAGAGACUAAAGGCUUACGAAGCCCAAACAGAGCCAGUCCUGGAAUAUUACCAGAAAAAGGGGGUAUUGGAAACAUUCUCUGGAACAGAAACGAACAAGAUCUGGCCCCAUGUGUAUGCUUUCCUACAGAUGAAAGUUCCAGAAACUACCCAGAAAGCCUCCAUUACUCCCUGAGAAAACCACCAGCAUUUGCAGCACUCUGGCUCAAACCUUCCUGAUAUGUGGAGAAUAAAGAGCUCUCAACCAUGGCCUAACCUCAUUUAAUGAUGUCAAGUAACUACUUACUUUGGCUUUCUGGAAAAACAAACGAAAACACCCUCUUGGAUCCACAUUACAGUUUUUGGCCAUUUCCAUAAUAAACUGCAUUACAACA